AGUAAGUUUAAAGCAAUGUGAAAGUAAGAAGAAGAGAAGGUCGCUGCUGAAAGAACAUCAGGAGGGUGGGAUAUCUGUGUGUGUGUGUGUGUGUAUAUAUACAGUAAAACAGAGAGACGGGUAAACAGUGGGAUAAUAUUGAUGAAGUGAUUUAAGUGGAGAUGAGUCCAACAGUGAUUCUUCUAGCUGUGGUGGGCUUCAGUUUUCUGUCCUCGUGUAACUCUGCUGACGAUGAGACAAGCCUGGUCAUCACAACACCUGAUCUCUUUCAGGCACAAGAGUUCAAUGAGGAGGCGGUUUUAGGUCGAGGGGACACUCCUGACAUCAUUGAACCUGAACCAACCACUGCCGUCUCAGAUGUCGAGAGCACCUACAACUACAUCUUGUCUAGACUGGCAGCGAUGGAUCAGGCCAUACACAGACUUAAUGUGGGACACUACACGUUAGAUGUUAAAGUAUUACAGCUGAUGGAGAAAAUGACACGCCUUGACAGCAGACUGGGCGACACAGAGGACGCCAUACAACAGGUCUCGUCUUACUGCAAGGACAAUCGUAAAGAGAUCGGACGACUAGAGGGUUGCCAAAAAGGCCGUAAAAUGGGGUACAAAUGCGUUCUGGUAUACCGGGUGUACGCAACCUACGCAGAAGCAUCUCAGAAGUGUCAGGAGCGAGGUGGACGCAUGGCCAUGCCUCGAGACCGUAAGGAGCAGGAAGCUUUAGCCGAGUAUGUGAAAUCCGUUAUUCCUGGAAAUUGGCCCGUGUGGCUCGGGAUCAACGACCAGCGUUCAGAAGGACUUUAUUUGUUUGAGGACACUACUCGUGUCACUUACUUUCAGUGGAGGAAGCACUUUUUGUCAAGCCAGCCAGAUGGCGGGAAACGAGAGAACUGUGUAAGCAUGGCCUCAGAUGAUGGAGACUGGUGGGACACUUACUGCGACAGACGCAUGUAUUACCUAUGCGAGUUUGAUGUCUGACUUCCACAAAUUCCCAUAUGGAUCAGCUCUGUCCUACAUGAGAUUUUUGUAUAAAGAGCAGCUUUUCACUGUUUCAUAUAUCGUUGUUGCACACAGUAUUUGGACCAGCAGAUUUAAAGGGGUCCUGAACUGCCUUUUUAUUUUAUACUGUUCUCCGAGGUCCAUUUAUAAUGUUACCACGAUUGUGACAUAAAAACAGUAAUUUAGCUGUAUAGGCUAUUUUCUGUCCUGUUUUGACCCCCUCUCAUCAGAAUGCUCAAUUUGAAUAGGCACGGCAGACUGUAGACUUUAUUUAUAAAUAAACACCCAGUGGUAUGAUUGGCAAACAGUUUUAUUGGCUGACAGCCUUCAUCCUUCAAACGCAUAAAUACUCAGCAUAUAUCAAACGAUCUGUAACAACAGACAAAGCUAUAGUAAAGGCAACUCUUAGCAAUGCUUUUAGCAAAUCUAAAAAAAUGUUACUCACGCUUGUCUGUUGCGACAGUACUGUCAGAUGCAAUAUAGCAGGCACAGUGUCGGCUUAAGGGCUCGUUCUAGUCGUGCGUAGGUCCUACGGCGUAGGUUCCGGGUCGGUUUUCAUUUAUACUUUUGCGUCGUCGUCCGCGUCGACGUGCAAACACACGCGCAGACCGCUGGUAGGCAGUAACCACGCAUGUAACCACAGUAGCAGCACAAAAGUGAAAGAAGAAGAAGCUUAGCAAGUUAACCCCCAAACGAAGAAGAAACAGCAACUUGUUGUGUAUAAUUUGAGAAGACCAGCAAUGAUGGGAGUAAAUAAACAAAGACUUUUGAUGCAGUUUGAGUUAAAUCACUCCUCAACUUGGCUCAUCUUUGUUUUCACCGUCACAAACGGAAAUACCUAUGACGCAGUUUUUUUACCUGAUGGGGGGUUCUGGUGGACCAAUCACUAGUGAUGGUCGUUUUCGAAGCACUGCUUCGUGAGGCUUCGAAACAUUUACGAAUCUUUUGUUUCGAAUCAGUGGUUCGGAGCUUGUUUAAAACUGGCCAAAGUCACGUGAUUUUAGCAAACGAGGCUUCAUUACGUCAUAACUGUUUCGAAACGUUUCGAAAAUCCGAUGGUUCACCACUAGGGGGAGUUGAUCACAUGACCAGUGUCUAAUAAGUUUAGGUGAACUCGGGUCAGUUUUAUUAUGAAAAUUCAUAAAACAUUCAUCUUUCUGACUAAUAACACUGCCAUGUUGUCUACUUUUUGUGCAUAGACAGAUUUAAUGACAAAAAUGUGCAUAAUUAAAAGGGUAGUUAGUUUUAUUCAUUUGUUUGCCCUAAAUAAAACUAAAAACACAUAAUACACUUUUAACUAUGUCUUAAUUAAGUUAAAUAAUUGUUUUAACAUAUUUUAAUAAAAAUCUUGCUAUUAUUUUGUAAAAAAAAAAAGUGUAAAAUGUUUGGACACAUCUGCUUAUACACUUUUUUGACCAGCAGGGGUCGCCAAUGUGUGUGGGUUUCGAACUGCUUCGAAAAACUGAAUCAAUUUUCGAAGCAAUUGGUUCAAUUGAUUCGAAGCUUCGAAAAGCUUUGUUUCUCCCAUCACUACCAAUCACAGCGCUUACGGUCCGCGUAGAUCUGACGCGCUUUAAAACAUUUUGUGAGGUGCGCGUCAGGCUACGCAGAGCUACGCACUUUUUAGACCCCUAUAAAGUCCGAUUUAUGGUCGUGCGUAAGCUCUACGCCGUUGGUUAUCCGUAGCCUGAAGUGCACCUCACAAAAAUGUUAACAGCGCGUAAGUUCUACGCGCACCGCAAGCGCUGUGAUUGGUCCACCAGAACCCCUCCCGUCAGGUAAAAAAACUGCGUCAUGGGUAUUUCCGUUUUGUGUCGGUAAAAACAAAGAUGAGCCAACUUGAGGAGUGAUUUAACUCAAACUGCAACAAAAGUCGCCGUUUAUUUACUUUCAUCAUUGCUGGUCUUCUCAAAUUAUACACAAGAAGUUGUUGUUUCUUCUUCGUUUGUGGGUUAACUUGCCAAGCUUCUUCUUCAUUGACAGUCGCGCUGCUACUGUGGUUACACGCGUGGAUACUGCCUACCAGCGGUCUUGUGCGUGUGUUUGCAGGUCAACGCGGACGACGACCCAAAGUAUAAAAGAAAACCGACGCCGAACCUACGCCGUCGCGGCUACACCGUUGGACCUACGCACAACUAUAACGAGCCCUUAACUCUUUCCCUGCCAUUGAGGAGUUAAUUCGUCAAUUAAGAGAAAUGAUUCCCUGCCAAUGACGUGUUUUCUGGCAAUCCUUAUUUCCGAUAUUAUCCACCAGGUGGUUCUCUUACCCAACUUAUAAAUCGGGAAGUAUUCCCUUAGGGCAAACACUUCAAACUCUGUGUAUGUUUUGAGGAUCGCUAUGAAUCUGAUCUUUAUCAAAAGUCCUUCACAAAAAUGUAAUUAUCUCAAAAUUUUGUAUUUUUGAAGAAACCUUCCCAUAUUUGAGAGGUGAUAAAAAGAGAACAAAUGAAGGUCCUGUUUGUUUGAAAGCAGAGUGUCUGUUCUUUCAUUUGAUAUAUUGUAUGUUUUAUAUUUAAAGAACAUUAUUUUCUGGAAGGCAUUCAACUUUUGUGAAAAUCAUAAAAAAUGCAGGAGCUGGGUGGCAACUUUUUUUAAAUAACACUGGCGGGAAAAGAGAUAAAGUGACUUGAAAUUAUUGUUAUUAGUAAUAACAGAAAAGUUUACAACAUACAGAACUACUUGUCUAAUCCUUAACGGUUGCAUUAUUGCUGAUGUAGACGUUUCUCAAAACUGAAAUGAAAAUGUGUUUUGAUGUUCUUCUGAAAAUUUGAAGAAUUAUACUUUGUCUUUUCAGCCCUCUGAAGUGUCUGUUACUAACUAUUGAACCAGGUUUAAAGUGAUCUGUGCUGAAAGGUUGUUAAAAAAUAUUUGUUCAGUCUUUAGUCUGGUUAAAAUCCAGCCUUUUAUUCAACACGGACUUCAAUUCAAAAAUUCUAACAAAAAUCAUAUCUUUUUCUAAACAUUUACAUUCCAUUUACAAACCUUCAUAUUAUCUAGAUUUUACAGUAGUUAAACAACUUCAUUCAUACAUUGAUUUAAUUCAUGUAAAAUUGUAAAUCUGUCAAAUAAAAGCAGUUAAUAAAUCUCAUUUGAUAUAAUCAUGA